CAGGCAGCGCAGGCGGGCGGAGCAGAGCUGCCCGGCCCGGUUGCGGGCGAUGCCCCCGUGAGCCUCUCUCGCCGCCCCUCCCCGCCCCGCGCCCCUGCCCCUCGGAGGCCGCAGCGCGCCUGGGACCGGGCCGCGCCUUCCGCCGGGUCCGCGGGGCGGGGUCCCAGAGCACCUGCCCCGCCUUGCGGAGUCGCCUCGGCCAGCGGAGACCCCUCCGUGUCUGGACCCCGGCCCCACCUUCGGACUCUUAUCACAUCACCUCCUCCUGGAAGCUACCCUGAUUGUCUUCACCUCCUUUCUUGAAAUCUGGUGUCUCAGAAGUUAACAGAAGGCUUGUGUAAAUGCCCUAGGUGUGUGCUGUUGGGAGGGGCACAGCCCCCUGUGAUGGGAACACCACAUUCAGAUUCAUCAGUUUGGAGGACCCCUUCCACAGUCUGCCCAGGCUGGAGCCAGUUUUGUUCUGCCUGUUCUCAUUUUUGGCUGUGAAAACAACAGUCACGCUUACUGAAUAUUUACUCUGUGCCUGAUACCGUUCCAGGCACUUUGACCUGCGCUAAUUUAAUCCUUACAACAGUCCUACGAGGGUUGCCUGAGGCCCUGCCGCCCCGUGGAUCAUGUUUAACGGGGAGCCAGUUCCAGCCUCAGCUGCGGCCUCCAGGAACGUGGUGCGGAGCUCCAGCAUCAGCGGCGAAAUCUGCGGACCCCAGCAGGCUGGGGACGGGACCGGGACCACCACGGCCAAGAAGCGGCGCAGCAGCCUCGGGGCCAAGAUGGUGGCCAUCGUGGGCCUGACCCAGUGGAGCAGGGGCACACUCCAGCUCCCCCAGGCUGAGGGGGCCACGAAGAAACUGCGCAGCAACAUCCGGCGGAGCACGGAGACGGGUGUUGCCGUGGAGAUGCGGAGUCGGGUCCCUCGCCAGGGCAGCCGGGAGUCCACGGACGGGAGCACCAACAGCAAUAGCUCCGAUGGCACGUUCAUAUUCCCCACCACCCGGCUUGGAGGUGAAAGCCAGUUCAGCGAUUUCCUGGAUGGUCUGGGACCAGCCCAGAUUGUUGGGCGACAGACGCUGGCAACGCCACCAAUGGGGGAUGUGCACGUUGCCAUCAUGGACCGGAGCAGCCAGCUGGAGGUGGAAGUGAUUGAGGCUCGGGGCCUGACCCCCAAACCAGGCUCCAAAUCGCUCCCAGCCACCUAUAUCAAGGUUUACCUACUUGAGAACGGGGCCUGCUUGGCCAAGAAGAAGACAAAGGUGGCCAAGAAGACCUGUGAUCCCCUGUACCAGCAGGCUCUGCUCUUUGACGAGGGGCCCCAGGGCAAGGUGCUGCAGGUGAGUGAUUGUCUGGGGAGACUAUGGCCGCAUGGACCACAAGUGCUUCAUGGGCAUGGCCCAGAUCAUGCUGGACGAGCUGGACCUGAGUGCCGCGGUCACCGGCUGGUACAAACUCUUCCCCACGUCCUCAGUGGCAGACUCUACGCUCGGCUCCCUCACCAGGCGCCUGUCCCAGUCCUCCCUGGAGAGUGCCACGAGCCCCUCAGGCUCCUAAGGGCCUCAGGAAGAGGCCUGGAUGCAGUGUGGGAAGGGGUGCUGCCACCCCCCGUCUCCUCCCCUGUACAUAGUCUUCACGUCUUUCUGGACCCCUUGCCUUGCUGCAUGCCUGUUGGCUACUGGGCCUGUCCCAGCUGGCAGUGGAGACUCUAGUAUGUGUGCGUGUGUGUUUGUGUGUGUGUCUGUGUGUGACCAUGUUAGAUCUGUUCAUUUGUCUGGGUGUAUUUGGUCUUAGUGACUAUAUGGGCUGAAAUCCACGUCUCUCUGUGUCUCGUUGUGAAGAAACCCAAAGGAGAGUUGCGUGGACGGGACUCCACUUGAGUCCAGGGGUGGAAGUGGGAGACGCAGCCAUUGGUCCAUCCCACCUGGUCCUAGGCUCAGGGCAGAGCCUGCGUGUCCCCGCCUGUGCCUGUUCUUGGUGGUCCCUGCUUAGUUUUCUGUCUUGUUCUUUGUUCCACCUCUGCCUCUCCCAGCGCCUCUGCUCUUUUUUGAGGAAUGUAGCGUCCACUGCAGCUGGCCACAGCGAGGCCCCUCUGGGAACCCUGACACCCCUCCUCUUCGCUGGGCACUCCGGCUGCUCUUCCCACCGAAUGCAUCCACAGCACGUAGCAUCUCACCUAGCGCCCUGGCCAGGGCUCCGGGAGGCAGACGAUGCCGGGGAGCUGAGGGCUUAAAGACCGCUUUCUCCCUCGGGCCGGCGCCACCUCCUUCCUACAAGUGAGAUUGAAGGAGGUGUCAGUUCCCAGGGUUGCAGGCCAGGUACCUUGGAGGAAAGUGCUGGUACCUCCCUUAGAAUUGUUCACCUCCUGUUUCCCUCCAAGCCUCCUCACUUGCGACAUGCCAAAGGAGCUCUCCCAGCGGACCCCAGGUGGUGUGGAGUGGACGGUCUUGACAUGCAAGAGGUUGGCCUCAUAGGGACGUUACCUGCCAAAGUGGGCAGCCCCUGGCGGCACCUGUGUCCAUCCCAGUUCCUGAGGGUGGCCCUGUGCCCCUCUGGGCUCGUCCUGGAGGGGCCUGGCUUGUUGAGGAUGUGCCCAGGGCAGGGCUGCUGGCAGGAAUGAGGAGGGCUGGGGCUGACUUGCUCUGUGAAGCCUGUCCGACCUUUGGGGAUUAGCUGCAUGAAGUUGAUUAUUGGGGGCUCUAUUUUUUUUUUUUUUUCUCUUUUCCAGACCAGGGUCCAUGUCUGGGAGCUCAGAUUCACUGAGGCUUCAGCCUCCUGGCUCCACGGACAGCUUGGCUGUAGACUCUAGACCAUCACGGUCACCAGCUCUGUAUAAGCAAUACUCCCCCCUCUCGGCCUCCCUGCCCCCUGCCCUCUGCCGCUGCCCUCUGGAGGGUAGCCUGGCCUGCUCUAGACACCGCGCCUGCCUCUGCUUUCUUUCCACCCUUGUCUGGUUGGAGCUUCCCAAAGCCACUCAAACCCUGACCUGAUUGGACAGCUGGGCCCUGGGGGUGGGCACCAGGGCCUGGACUGGACCUUGUGAGAUGUCUGCUGGGAAUCCUGAAGUCUGGCUCGGGAGUGCCCAAAUCUGUCCCUCUCCUUCCUCAGGUCUAGCGUGAAAGGCAAGAGGUUGCCCAGGAGGUGGACACAGCAGCCCUUGGGUUCAUGUCUGGUGGGGUGGAAAGAGGCAGCAGGAGGGGUCAAGGCCUGGGACAGGCUCGCGCUCUGCCUCUUCCCCAGAUAUCACCCCUGAGAGCUACACUGACUCUAACCUGCAUACGUGGGGAUCCGUGGAGAGGUGCUUGGACUCCAUCCAUAAGCGAAGCCAGACGGGCCUGGGGGUCGAUUCCGAGGCAGGAAGGUGGAGACAGAGGCUGAGACAGAGCCAUCCCCACCGAGGGGUCCUUUCUGGCAGGAACCACAUUAGGCUGAAGCCAGGGCCUGGCCACCUCCCUCCCGUGAAAACCAGGGGGAGAAGCCAGGUCCCCACUGGUCCUGCCCACAGACAAAAAGUGGGUGAGGGCAGUAAGGACAAGAUAAGCUCCUGGGCUCCUGACUCCUGCUGGAGACUCCAUUCCUGUAUUAUCAUGGCGGGAACGCUUGUGUGUGUGGAGAGACAGCUAGGCUGAGUUUUCUCUUUCUGCAGAGAUUCUCUCCUAGGGUCAGACUGGGUAACGCAUGCAUUUCUCAUGUUUCUAA